AGUCUCCCUCUCUUUCUCUCUCUCUAAACCUUCUACACCAAAACUCCCGAAUCGACUAUCGUUUCUUCAGUAUCUAUUUCCAUUACUCGUUCUUUCCCUCUCUCUAUCGUCAUGAUUCCCGCCAAUCUAUAUCUUCCGUUUCGAAGGUUUUAAACCCUAAUUUAUCCCCCGGUCUUUCUCUCAAUUGACACACUAAGAGAAUAGAAGAGGAACGAAGGUUAGGAUUUAUGUCCCUCAAUCAAUCAAGGUCUGAGAAGAGCGAGGCCCAGUUUAAGAAACCUAGUCGAUCCGGGAGCUCUGGUCAGCAGAGGAGUUUCUCAGGAGGCGGCGGGAGAGGCGGCGGCGGGACCGCCCCUCCACCAUCUUUUUCUUUGACUCACUCGUCUUCUUCGUCUUUGUCGACAAGCCGAAGCUUUAAGAAGUUCGGUAAUAAUGCACAAGGUGGGCAAUCCAGGGUGAGCAUUGCAAGUGCAAAUUCGGAGUCGGAUGCCUCUGCUAAAAGUGCUAUACAGAAUGGUGCCUAUGCACAACCCCCCUUACAUGGAGUGUCUGAUGCACCAGCCUCGGGAGUUCCAUCAAAACAAACUGAUCCAGCCACUUCGAGAAGUAUCAGACCUGUUCCAAAAGCUCCAGCAUCUCAAUCAGCUGCGGUAGCAGCUGAUUCGGCAACCCCUGCAACACCGGCGAAAGGUGAUGCGUCAAGGUCAUUCCCUCUGCAGUUUGGGAGCUUCAGUCCCGGUUUUGUGAAUGGAAUGCAGAUACCUGCCCGAACAAGCUCAGCACCUCCAAAUUUGGAUGAGCAGAAACGUGACCAGGUGCACCAUGAUUCUGUUAAAGCUGUACCUACUUUGCCAAUCCCUGCCACCCCAAAGCAGCAACAAUCAAGGAAGGAUGUGGGUACUGUUAGCCAAGCAAAUUCUAGGGAUUCCCACCCUCCAUCCCAGGCUAAAAGGGAUGUUCAUGCCCAGGUUCCAUUGGGACCUGCCCCCCCAGCGAUACAGAAGUCGUCUGUUCAUCCUACAACUGGGAUGCCAGUGCCAUUUCAGCAGCCACAGGCUUCUGUACAAUUUGGUGCCCCCAAUGCACAUAUUCAGUCUCAGAUGCCCAGUUCAGUGCAAAUGCCAAUGCAGUUUCCAGUGGCAAGUGCCACUCAAGUCCAGCAGCAGGUGUUUGUCCCAAGUCUCCAAUCUCACCCAUUGCAGCCUCAGGGGAUAAUGCAUCAGGGCCAGAACAUGAGCUUCUCACCUCCAAUGGGUCAUCAGCUUUCUCAGUUGCAAAACCUGGGAAUUGGGAUUGCCCCACAGUUCGCACAACCACAAGGUGGAAAGUUUGGUGGUCCUCGCAAAGCUGUUAAAAUAACUCAUCCUGAGACUCAUGAAGAGUUGAGUUUUGAUAGAAGGGCAGAUUCAUAUUUGGAUGGUGGUUCAUUGGGCGCAAGAUCUCAUCCUAAUUUGCCGCCACAAUCCCAGCCCAUUGCAUCCUUUACUCCUUCCCAUCAGAUGAACUACUAUCCUCAUAUGCAAGCAGGUUCUUAUAACCCUCCUUCCAUCUACUUUCAAAGUCAACCUUCUCUUCCCCUGACUGGUAACCAGAUGACUCCUGGUUCUCAAUCUGCUAGGUAUAAUUAUCCAGGUAGCCAGGGUCCGCCUACUGUUUCAUUUAUGAAUCUGUCCUCUCUUAACCCCUUGUCUAACAAGGUUGGGCCUCCAGUACAUGGUGUCCCUGAGAUGUCAAACUCGGAACAUGUUAACGAUGCUCAUACAGUGAUAGCUUCUGCUCCACCAACUUCAGUGCAGGUGACACAGAAGUCAUCUUCUGGUUCAAUCCUAGAAAAGGUUGGCUCCUCUUCGGUGUCAAUUACUUCACCUGUUGUUAGCAAGAGUGAAUCAUCUAAAUUAUUAAGGCCACCUGGGGAAUCUAGCCCGCAUAUUGCACAGAAGGACUCUGAUGUGGUUGGUGAUAGCUCUGUUGAACCAUCAGGUUCUGUCUCUUUGCCUGCCACAACUAAACACUUUGCUACUGUAACUGCAUCAGUGCAGAGGCCUGCAACCCCCAGUACUUCCUCUGCGCUUACUGUCCCUCCUGAGGAGUUAGUACAUACUACUUCCAACACUGAAGGCCAAAGAAGAGAAUCUGUCAGAAGAUCUGAUUCUAUUAAGGAUCAUCAGAAGAAGCCUAUUAAGAAGGGUCAACGACAUUCACAACUGCAGAACCAGGCAGAUGCCUCUGAAUCUGCAGGUUUUGUGAAGUCAUCUUCAUUAAGGAUAUCCACAGAAGUUGCUAAGCACCCUGACACGAUGCAAUCUCCUCCUUCAGUGGUUGUUGGGUCAUCAACAUCUAUCUUGAGCUUGACAUCUAGGAGUUUGGGACAUAGUAGUUCCAUGAAUGAUAGGAUAUCAGAAACUGUUGAAGGUAAAACAACUUCUUCUCCAUCGGAAACCUCAGGAAGUACCUCAGAAUUUAUUCAGGAACAUGUGUUGGAUGUUGAUAUAGGAAGUACCGAUUCUUUUGAAGUAUUGACAGAUACUGUUCGGAUUGGGGAGGUGACCACCUGUGAACCAUCAAGCACGUCUUUUGCUGGAACUGUAUCUGAUAAUUUGGAUGCUGCUCAUAAUGCGAUACAAGAUGGUUUUGCUGUGCGGGAACAAUGGAAAACUGAAUUAUCUGAAGGGCCUCAACAAGAUAUUAAUAACAUUAAAAUGCCUGCAGGAUCCACUUUUUCUGGCUAUGCGGAAGGCAGUAAACAAUUUCAGGCCGAGGACUUCAAGGAGAGAGAAAUCAUUGUUGGUGGUAUGGAGUCUUUGUCUGUUAAAUCUGAACAUAACGAAGAUCUGGGUUCCAUCUCAGAGAUCAACAGGACAAAUGGUAACUUAGUAAAGUCUGCUACAGCAUCUUCUGAUUCUGUUGCUGCUGAAACCAUAUCAUUUGGCAUUCUUUCCCCUAAGAUUUCUCAUGAAGAUAAUGUUUCGUCCAUGGAUUCAUCCUCUGGAAGGGUUGAGAGCAUUGAUAGUCAAGAACCAUUCGUUACGGAAUCUGGUGCUUCACAUCAGGAGGCAGCUGCUGUUCCAACUCCCAUUUUGUCUGAAGUUACUUGGAAAGUUGAGGGGGGAAGCAUAGAGAAUACUAAUGGGGGGCUAAUUUCCAUUCCCUUGUCAGCUCCCAAGGACAAGAACAUAGAACCAAAUAGGGCGAAGGGUACAUCAAAGGCGAAGAAGAAGAUGAAAGAAAUUCUUAAGAAUGCAGAUGCUGCUGGGGCAACUUCUGAUCUUUAUAAUGCAUACAAGGGUCCAGACGAAAAGCAAGAAACUGCAGUUCGUCAAGAAAGCAUAGACAGCAGCUCCAGUGGUGAUGUAAAACAGGCAUGUGUGGUCGAUACUGAGAAGAGUAUCCUCGUGAAUGAGGAGGAUGGGCAAAAUAAAGCUGAACCAGAUGAUUGGGAAGAUGCAGCUGACGUAUCGACUCCGGAGCUGAAAACAUCAGAUACUGGAAAACGGGGUUGUGGUGUUUUGGUCAAUCCUGAUGAAGAUGGAAAUGAAGUUAUGGGCAAAAAGAAGUACUCUAGAGAUUUUCUGCUGACAUUUUCAGAGCUAUGUAUGGAUCUUCCUGCAGGUUUUGGGAUUGGCUCUGACAUAGCGGAUGUCCUGAUGAGUGGUUCAGUCAGUAUAGGUCAUAUUGUUGAUCGUGAUUCAUAUCUCCUUGCUGGUAGAAUUAUAGAUAGGCCAAGUGGGGGUUCUCGGGCUGACCGCCGUGGGAAUGGUAUGGCAGAUGAUGACAAAUGGAACAAAUCACCUGGUCCUUUCCCUUCAGGACGAGACCCACGUCUUGAGAUCCAACAUGGAGGUGCUGUUGUAGGUUUUCGUCCUGGUCAAGGUGGAAAUCAUGGUGUUCUGAGGAAUCCACGUGGGCAACCUUCUCCCCAAUAUGUUGGUGGCAUUCUCUCUGGACCAUUGCAGUCCCUUUCACCGCAGGGAGGGAUUCCGCGAAAUAAUUCUGAUGCCGGCCGGUGGCAACGUGCUACUGGCACUCAGAAGGGUUUGAUCCCGUCACCUCAGACUCCUUUACAGAUGAUGCACAAAGCCGAGAAGAAGUAUGUAGUGGGUAAAACUUCUGAUGAGGAAGAGUGCAAACAAAGACAGUUGAAAGCUAUCCUUAAUAAGCUAACUCCUCAAAACUUUGACAAGCUUUUUGAACAAGUUAAAGAAGUCAACAUUGACAAUGCGGUUACUCUUACUGGUGUCAUCUCACAGAUCUUUGAUAAAGCUCUCACGGAACCAACUUUCUGUGAGAUGUAUGCAAGAUUCUGUUUCCAUCUUGCCAGUGCAUUGCCUGAUAUUAAUGAGGACAAUGAGAAGAUCACAUUUAAGAGAUUGCUUUUGAAUAAGUGCCAGGAGGAGUUUGAGAGGGGGGAAAGGGAGCAAGCAGAAGCUAACAGAGAUGAAGAAGAAGGCGAAGUUAAAAUGUCUGAACGGGAUAGGGAGGAGAAGAAGACCCAGGCAAGAAGGCGGAUGCUGGGUAAUAUUAGAUUGAUUGGGGAAUUGUACAAAAAGAAGAUGCUGACUGAGAGAAUAAUGCAUGAAUGCAUAAAGAAGCUGUUAGGUUAUGAUAUGCAAUAUCAGAAUCCCGAUGAGGAAGACAUUGAAGCUCUGUGCAAGCUAAUGAGCACAAUUGGGAAGAUGAUUGACCACCCAAAAGCCAAGGAACAUAUGGAUGCAUAUUUUGAAUUGAUGAUGACAUUAUCUAACAACAUGAAGCUAUCUUCUAGAGUGAGAUUCAUGUUGAAGGAUGCUAUUGAUCUGAGAAAGAACAAAUGGCAACAAAGAAGAAAAGUCGAGGGACCAAAAAAGAUUGAUGAAGUGCACAGAGAUGCAGUUCAAGAACGGCAGGCACAGGCCGGUAGGCUCUCACGUAGUUCAGGCAUUAAUUCCUCACCAAGAAGAGGGCAAUUAAUUGAUCCUGGUAUGAGAGGAUCAACCAUGUUUUCUCCAAAUGCCCAGAUGGGUGGCUUCCGUGGGAUGCCACCACCUGUCCGCGGGGUUGGUGCUCAAGAUGUUAGAUUCGAGGAGAGACCUACUUAUGAGAGGACAUUGUCGGUCCCCCUACCUCAAAGGUCUCUUGAUGAUGAGUCUAUUACUCUUGGUCCCCAAGGUGGUCUUGCUAGGGGAAUGUCUAUCAGAGGGCAGCCAUUGGUUUCAACUAUUUCUGUGGCUGAUGUUUUCCCCAGCACUGGAGACUCCAGAAGAAUGACAGCUGGCCCAAAUGGUUACAAUUCUGUAUCUGAGUGGACAUCUUCUAACUCAAGAGAGGACCUCAUGCCAAGAUAUGCCGCAGAAAGGUUAAUGGGCCCACCUGCUUAUGAUCAAUUAAAUUCGCAAGAACGAAAUUCCUAUUUUGGUAACCGGGAUUUAAGGAACACGGAUCGCACUUUUGAUAGAUCCAUGGUAAACUCACCUGCCACACGGAUGCAGGGAUCUUCUGUGGCACAAAAUGCUUCAUCAGAAAAAGUUUGGCCUGAAGAGCGCCUGCGGGAGAUGUCAAUAUCAGCGAUUAGAGAGUACUACAGUGCCAAAGAUGAGAAAGAGGUUGAUUUAUGUAUCAAAGAUUUGAAUUCUCCGAGCUUCCACCCGUCUAUGAUAUCUAUCUGGGUCACAGACUCUUUCGAGAGAAAGGAUAUGGACAGGGAUUCUUUGGCUAUGCUUCUUGUCAAUCUUACCAAGUUCCCAGAUUGCUCGUUAAAUCAAAUACAGCUCCUUGAAGGGUUCGAAUCAGUUCUUGCUACUUUGGAAGAUGCUGUAACUGAUGCCCCAAAAGCACCUGAGUUUUUUGGCCGUAUCCUUGCUAAAGUCAUUGCUGAAAAUAUUGUUUCAUUGAAGGAGAUUGGUCGACUAAUACAUGAGGGUGGGGAAGAACCAGGACGUCUACUACAAAUUGGUCUUGCGUCCGAAGUUCUCGGCAGCAUUCUUGAGAGCAUUAGGUUAGAGAAAGGAGAAUCUUUCUUGAAUGAGAUUUGUACUAGCUCCAAUCUGCGGUUGGAGAAUUUUAGACCCCCAGAAGCAAUUGGAUCAAGGAGGCUUGAUGCGUUUAUUUAGAGGAUGGCGUUGCUCAUUGUACCUGGUAAAAGAAAAUUCCAUGUCCAGGGCCGGCGAAGUUUCUUUGGGAGUUGGGGGGGUGGUUGGUGUCUCCAUCCUGAAUCUGGGUAAUCAUCCUCCUUGUCAAAUUGUCAUUAUCAUUAUUAUAAUUAUUUCUUCAAUGGUUCACUGCAGUUGCCAAGGUUCUAAUGAGCAUCUUAUUUUGGUUCUUCG